UAUAUAUAUAUGGUACUAGAUUAAAGACGUACCUAGGUGAUAUUAGACUAGGAAAUUAUCUAGAUAUGCAUGUACAUACAUUGUAUGUAGGAGACUUUUACAUAAUUCACACCUUCACAUUCACGCAUAUAACGUUAUCUAGUUUAUUCUACGUUACGUGCCGUAUAUUAUAGAUCUUAUCUGUUUGUUAAAUACAUAAAAAAAAAUUUGUAGUAGUACACAAAGUUACAUUAACGAUAUAAACAUCGUUGUAUCGAUGCAUGUGUAUCGAAACAUAUGCGAACAACAACUUGAUUCAUUUUAUAUCGCGAUUUACCAAAUGUAUAUUUAUACACAAGUACAAAUGAAGAAAUAUACAUUGGUAUAAUAUCUUUUAUGUACUUGUGUUCAUAUACUUCCCAUCACUGGAUACACAUUAUAUAAUCUAUCGAUUAUCAUUAGGCUUGUCAAAUCUUACAUAUUUAAAUUUAUGUAAUAUAACAAAACAGUUUCCAAUAUUAAUAUGCAAUCUAUGCAUAUACAAUCCUUUGGAGACUGCUCCGAAGAUCUCUCAUAAAAAUGCUAUGCUCUAAUAUAUUAGGGAUUAAUUACAUCGACAUAUUCACAAUACAAGAAUCUUUUUUGUAUAUCUCCAUAACUGUUAUCGUAUUUGUAAUUACAUACAUAAUAAUUGUCAACGCGCUACAUCUAGAUCACAAAGCAUUAGAUAUUUACUUUUUCCAAAUCAUGUAACUCAAACAGAUCUCACUUAUUUUCAAUGUAGUGGAAAAGGAAUGAUAGAUUUUCAAAGCACUCUGAUGUGACAUUAUACAUAACAAUCGAUGAUAUAGAAUAGGUAUAUUCAUUACUGCAUCUUAUGUAACAUUUGGUCAAUAUACAUAUAUUAUACAUAAGCCACAUUAUAUUAUUACAAUAUUAUAAGAAUCCCAUUUAUGAUAAAAAAAAAAAAAAAAACAUAAUAGUCUACGUUUUUCAUACACGCUCAGUUUAUCAUAGUUACCUAGAGUAUGAUAUGAAUAAUACAUAAUACAAAUCAUAUAUACAACUCGGUUUUGAAUACAUUUGAGGAUUAUGUAUAUGAACAGUUUCAUUAAAUCAUGUAACUGCCAUGACAUGAAGUGUAUUUUAAUUUCAAAUGGAAAUAUAUUAUAAAUAAACGCAAUAUCUAUAAUGCUUGCUUUUAUUAAAAUUUGUGCAUUGUAUUAAAUGAAACGUGUAUAAGUGAGAGUACUAUGUAUUUCGUUUAUUGAAUUAAUAUUCCAUUCUUCUUAUUCAGGAUCAUUGAACUCUAAGUCUAUGGAAAAAAUUGUUUAUGAUAAUAGUUGCGUGAAAAUUAUUAUCUUUGUUGUUGUUAUAUGUUUAAUAUAGUAUUCAGAACAUAAAGUAUAAGCUAUUUGUUGCGAUCUAUAUUAUAGGUAUAUAAUAUUAAAGAAGAUAAACUAUUGAAUAGAGAAAUUAAGGUAUUUGCAAUGUGAACUUUCUAUGCAAUAAUUAGUAGCCAAAUUACGCACUGUAGUAUGUAUUACAGUACAGAAACUGCGAUACUGUAAACAGUUUAGAUUUUUCACAUUUAUCACAGCGAUGUGAUGUAGUAUAAUUGUGAAAUGUUAUCUGUUUUAUGCGAUAUAUAAGCAAUUGUUAUUACUUAAUGUGCAUACAUAUUAUUGGCAGCAGUCUGUGACUACACGAUAAGUUUUUUACUACAUACUUUAACUGAUCGUGACCCCAUAUAAAUCUCUGGGUGUGGUUAACGCAUCUUAUAAAUGUAUUACCAGUGAUUUAAUUUACUAAAAAUUUAAGUUAUGUAUUUUACUAAUUUAUAAAUCAAUAUGUACAUUCUCUUUCUUACAUGCAAUCAAGUAAAGACAAGGUAAAUGCAAGUAGGAAAUUGUCAAUAGUUUAUUUUCUUCGGUUAUAACUUAUUUAUUUUUCUCAAUAAAGAGUGAAUCAGAUUUAUAAUAUAAGCAUUACAUUUCUUUUCAAACUAUAAGGGUAACUAAAUAGAUUAGAGAUUGAUAGCACUUCACGACACAUUAAAUAUAAUAAUAUUCUUAAGAAACAAAGAAUGUCAUGAUACACGACAAAGUGCAAAGUAAAAGUACAAAAUUUUACUUCUCAUUCGAACUUUGUAUACCUCAAAAAUGAAAGAUCACUUUUGAGUAGUUUAUAUCCUUAUAGCCAUAAGAAUUUUGAUAACACUUUAAUGCGGGGGAAGAGUUAUUAUAGUGGUGUAGGAAUCAGCCCCUCUUAUCACAUUUGUAUUCCGAUAAAGUUAUCAACAAUAUUACAAGGUGACGCAAAUCGAAAGAUUUUAUAUAUACUUAUCGAAAUCUUUACUCACAUGUGUUGCGCAUUUCAUGCAUUUCCGUCGAACGCAUCAUAACGAGAAAAUCAGUUUGCAGUAUAUAUAUAUAUAUAUAUAUAUAUAUGUAUCCAUAUAUAUAUAUAUAUAUAUAUAUGGAUGUGCAACAUGGAUAUAUGUGUAUAUGCAUGCAAACACAAUUGAUCUAUCGAUCGACAAAAUCACGACAUAUGUGACACAAGUACACUACAUACACGCAUACAACAAAUUUAAUAAACAAACACUCAUACACAUACACACACGCACACACACGCGUCAACAUACGAUUGCGGAUCUUUAAAUGUAAAACGUAAAGAACUGUUAUAGGAAAAAAAUCUUCUUAUCUUCGCCAAUUUUGUGUUACUUGAGAAAAUAAAAUACAAUUUCGAUAACAUCAAAGAAAUUCUUCCUCUGUUACCGUAAUAAUUUAUUUACUAUAAUAAUUUGUUAAAAAUGGAGUCCUUAUUGUAAUCAUAUCGUAUCAUAUUCUCAUUGGUAGCAGACAUAAAAUAAUGUGUAAUUGUAAAAGAAGACGAAAAAAGAAAAAAAUUGAAUAAUACAAAAAAUAAGUUCUUUUUUUUUUGGUUUUUGUCUUUGUUUUUUUUUUUCUUUUUUUUAACAAGAGAAAAUAUGUCUUCCUUUAAUCGUGAAAGAUGCACUUGGAAAAUAUCGUGGAAGAAAGAGAGAGAGAGAGAAAAUGAAAGAGUACGCUUAGCAAUUUAGAAAAAUCAAUCAUAGAUCCUACCUCGUGUGAUUCUAAAGCGCCGUCUAUCUGUGGGACAUACUACCACCAACUUAUGGAUUUCAUCAGGAAAAUCAGAAGAAGGGGUCAGAACAGACAGGACAGGGAGUGGGACAGAGCCAGGAGGACAGGUCAAGCAAUUGCAGGUGUCGCGUUGCACGCUCACGAUUUCUACCUUUAAUGUUGUUUUAAUUAAACAUUUAAAAAUUCAUUCAGUUCGAUGUAUUCCUUCGGUCAGUAAAUUAAUAAAGAGAUUAACUUUGAUUUCUUUAUCUCAUUAAUAUUUAUCCCAGUGAACUCUGCGAAAAGGAUUAAUAUUCGAAGAAAAGAGAAAGAGAUCAAUGUCCGCUUUGCUCUAUCCGAUCGCAUUGCUGGUUCCAUGAACUCAAUGCAAUUAACGAUCGGUUAUUUGGAAAUGUAAUUUUCUGCGUGUUCUGCGGUUGAACAUAGAGGGAUGGCUUUCUUAUGUCCAGUACGCAUACGUCGAGGGAAAAAAAAGAAACCUGGAAUUCAUAACUUUAACUUGGAAAAGGACUGCGUUGGUGCAGGAGGUACAGGACUUGGCGUAGGAACCAGAGCCCCAUUACCACCUGGUCGUAUAACAGGAAGUGCCAGUAUAGAAACUUUAGUAAGAGUUGGUAUAGAAAAAGAAAAUGGACUUUCUCCGGAUAGUAAAAUGGUUAUAGUUCAUGACUUUACUCCAUGCGUUGAUGAUGAACUCCAAGUCAAAAGAGGACAAGUUGUAAAUGUAUUAUAUAGAGAAAAUGACUGGGUAUAUGUAAUAGCAGCAGACACACGUAUGGAAGGAUUCGUACCACAUUCUUACUGUGCACCUUAUACGUCACAGUUAGCUGAAUUAACUCUUGCUACUCUUAUGAAUAAUGUCAAAAAAAAAUUGCCUAGAUCUAAUGAGGGUGAUGGUGAUAUCUCAAGUACAGGUCGUUCUCAAGCAUUAGAUGCACAACAAACUGAUACAGGAUCAGCAUCAGAUUGUGAAAGUUAUACUCGCAAUGUUGUAACUGCAGAUAUAAAUGUUAAUAGAUCUAAUAUUACUCAAUCACAAAAUUCUAUACAAACUAUAUCUUCUCAACCAGAUGUGCAUCCUUUUUUCAAGGAUCCCUCAGCUGGAAGGUAUAUUGUGUUAUAUACAUUUGUGGCAAGAGAUGAAAAUGAUGUAAGCGUGGAAAGAGGAGAAUUUGUGACAGUCCUCAAUAGAGAUGACCCUGACUGGUUUUGGGUGCUUAGACAUUGCGAUGGUAACGAAGGAUUUGUACCAUCUGGAUUUGUUUAUCCAGGACACGUACUCCAUUCGUACGCGACAACAGGUACCGCCGCAACGACAACAACAUCUACAGAAACACAUACUUUAGAGACUGGUAAUGGAAAUAUAACGGGAAGUGAACAAUUACAACAGAAAAGUUUACGAGACUUCAGAGAAGAAACUCCUGGCACCGAAUUAGUUGUACUUUAUGAUUAUAAGGCGCAGGCGCCAGAUGAUUUGUCAGUAAGACGAGCCGACUGGAUAUAUGCAGAUUUGGGAAAUCAAACGGUCGAUGGUUGGCUUUGGGCGUAUGCACCCAAAACUCGGAAAUAUGGUUUUAUUCCUAAGGCAUAUGCCCGUCCUCCUGCUAUGACCAGCUUGUGAUACCGAUUGCUGUGGUAGAUAUUUUCCAAUUAUGAAAACGUGACUAAUGAAUGAUAACGUUCACGUUGAGAUUGGUACAUCCAGAAGUAAUAUGACUGAUCAAGCCUUCGUGAAGAACGAUACAAUCACCAUUUAAAAAAACUUCUCGCGGUCGUUGAGCUGUCCUUAGUGAAUUUAUUGGACCCGUGUACGUUAAUGAUCGGACACUUUCAGUAUCGAUAUUAUCCACGGCCUGUUCAAAGAGCUUUUGUUCCUUUAACGUAUAUUUGAUAAUAUCGUGAAUAAUGAAUAGAUCAACGUACUUGAAUACUACAUCGGAGAAUAUUUGUGGCAUUUCCGAUAUCCAAUCCCGCGACCCAGACGAUUAUUAUAUUCUUUUCGUAUUGACCUUCUCCACAAGUAUAAACCUCGUCAGAAGGUGAAUAAUGAUUUAUGGAGUUUAAGCGAGCAGCUAAUAGCGAAAGAGGUAGACGAUUUCGGUAUUUAGGAUUGAUCUGAUUACUAUUGAAUACUCUUGAAGCAGAAUCUCUUGUAAUAACAUAUAAAUUCACGUUAAAGAUACGUUCUACCGGUUAAGCCGAAUUAAGUAGAAGUAAUUGUUACUUAAUCAAAAUUGAUUAAAGUUCAUCGAUGUUAUAAUUGUUAUACUCACGAUAAUUUACCAGAUACCAAUAGAAGUGCUAAACAUCGACUGGUAUCAUAAGAGAGUGCUUCGAAACUAACGAUCAAUGUGCUUUUCACACCAGAUUCAACGCUCAGAAUAGGUACUUCCGGAUGAUCAAAAAGGAAGUGAUGCGUAAGUGCCGAAAAUGCAAUGUUAACGUCGCAAUCGAUGCAAGGACAGCGUAUCGGUCUACGAGAGUAUUCCCACGUAGUCUGUCCAUUAAAUUUAAAUUCGUUAUUGCAUCGAUCUUGUUCGCCCUUCUGUAUUAUAUUACAAUAACUGUAUUGCUGAUGAUAUCUGCCAUCGCUUUGUUCCACAUUAGAAUCAUUAGAAUAGGAGGUGAUCAUCGAUUCGGGUACUUCAACUUUACAAGUCAUCGCUUUGUUCCCUCCUACAGAUAGACAUCGUGUUAUUGUAAAGUUCAAGAUUGUUUUUUUUACUUUAUCUACCAUAUUUGGGUAUAUAUCGGUUCUUGUCGUUUCGUUUGUACUUAUUAUUCUCAGAUCAUGCGUUUAUAAAAGAAAUAACGGUCAUCGGUGCCAUUGACGUAGCACUUGACAUGUUAAAUUAUAAACGUAAUAAGAAGAAUAGGGUUGGGUGAGAAAAAAUUAAAAAGAAAAUAAUACGAGAGGAUGGAAUCAAAGAUAUCUGCGUUACGUGGCGUUGACCUGAUUGAAAGGAAAAGUGUUCUAUGCAACGACGACACAAGAGAUGUCCUUGGGAAGAAAAAGAAGCUUGUUCGAAAGCAGCGUUCGUCUCAUUUGAAGUUCUAUCGGCAAUGCUAAGAUGACAAACGGAGCACAGACCGAGUCUCGUCUCCGUUUUAAUCUUUGGAUUCGCAUGACGAUUCGAUACCAUCUCCUUCUCUUCUUCUUCUUCUUCUUCUUUUUCAUCUUCUUCCUCCUCCUCUUCGUAUUCCUCUUCUUCCAUCAAUUCCAUAGAAAUCCUUCUGUUAUCGUAUGCCCUUUCACUCGUCUGCAGCUGUUUGCUGCAUUUAACGUAAUGCUGAUAAUCCAUUUCCUUAGAAAAAGUAUUAUCGAUUUAACUUGUCUGUGUGUUUUAUUCGACAGUUUCAAAAGAGCUUAGCCAUGAAAUAGAAAUGCAUUGUGAUUAUUUAUACAAACACAAACGGACACACACAAGUACAUAUUGAAGUCCAUAUAAUAUGUCUCCUUAACAUAUUUUAGGUGAAAUACCUUCGAAAAAAAAUAAAUCAUAUAAAAAAUAUACUCGUUUAAAUUAAUACAUAUAGGAGGAUAAAUUUUCACAUUAUAUGAUUCCCUGUAUACAUACAUACAUACAUACAUACAUACAUACAUACAUACAUACAUACAUACAUACAUACAUACAUAUAUAUAUAUAUAUAUACAUGUGUGUGUGUGUGUGUAUAUAUAUUGAGAGAUAGAGAGAGAGAGAGAAAAAAAAGAAAGAACUAUGAUCUCUUUCCCUCAAUUCGCAAUGACGUUUUCUUCAGUCACGUGCCUUUCGUUGAUUUUUUAUCGUUCGGUCGUCUGCCUCAUUACCACGAUGAUCUACCAUCCUCUCCAUUUCUUCUGGAGAUUUCUUAGGUCAAUGUGUUUAUCGUUCGGCACGAUAACCCCUGCUUGAUAAUGCGUCACGUACCUUCGCUAUACCAGCAAUCGUACGACUGCAAUCAUUAAAGAAGAGUCGACUCGUUUUUCCGUUAUCUGAAAUAUGUAUAUGUAUUUGCUGUAAGUGGAAAGAUUGUAAAAUCAAUCGGACGAAAAUAUUUGAUUUUGCGAAAUACAGAAACAAUGAUGUGCGUUCUAGCACAAGGAGACAUUUCUUUUUAUUUCUUUUAUUAUUAUUUUUUUAUUUUUUAUUUUUUAUUUUUUAUUUUUUAUUUUUUUAUUUUAUUUUCAACGUCCGAGCAUUUUGCGAAAACAUUGCGAAAGAACGUGUUAUGGUUAUUCGAAGAUCAAACUUACUGGUUAAAGGUGAGGUCAGAGAAAUGACCGAGGAAUAAUAAAAUUGUAUGACGUUAAUCUUGUUAACCCCCGUUCAAAAAAGUUUGAAACGAAAUUUGACGACGUUUUGAAGCAAGGCAUCGUAAGCAAACCUUACGACAACAAGACGAUGCAUCAAGAUAUAAUGAUUGGUUUAUAUCGAGCACAAGCGUUAUUAUAAUGACCGUCUUUGGAUUUAUUGUUUCCUCUGUAAUUUAUUUUAAUUUAAUUUUCUAUCCGUUAACCGGAAGGACCUUGAUAUAUAGUAUAGUCUCCUAAUUACAAUAGCGAGGCCAUGUUGAUGAAGAAACAAAUUCCGGUGAUUCCGGUAAGUCGAUAUGUCCAUCCUGUAAGUUAUAUGGAUAAAUGAUCGUACAUUGUGAGCCAUACUAAUUUCCAUAAAAUACAAAUUUUUCUCUCUCAUUUCCGUAUUAUUUAAUCAAAUAUUACAAGUUAUUAUUAUAAUCGAUCUAUGAUAGUUAUCAACGACUGUGAAUUAAUAAGAAAUCAUUACUUGAUGAGAAUAUCUUUAUUUUGCAGUCAAGUAAUAAUAUUUUGUGACGUACGUAAUACAUAAAUCAUUGCUUAAUAAUAUUUUAUAUGUAAAUAAAUAAUUAUAAUGAAAGAAUUGGAGAAAUAGAAUACGUUAUUAUAAUUUCUUAAUAUAUAAUGACGAUUAUAUGCAGAAUUGGAAUUUUUUAUAUUUACUAAAAUUUGCAUAUAUUGCAUCAAUAUAAAGAGAUAUUGUAUCUCAACGCAAUACACUUUCAUCGAGAUAUAUGUAUUAUUGUUGAAAUAAUCUAAAUCAUUACACAAUGAUUAAGAUUAAAUAUGUAUAUAUUAAAGUGAUUUAAAAUAAUAAUGUAUAAUAUUAGAUAAGCUAUGCUCUAUUUCAUUUCACCAUAAUCUAAUAAUAGAAUGUUGUUCGUCUAAAACAUAUAAUAAAGGUUAUAAAUAAAUAAUUAACAACAGAUAGACUAUAUCGAGCUUAAAAAUGUUUAUCUAAUUUCCGUGUAUUAUAUUUGCAUUAUUUAUUUAUUUUUAAAGAUCCAUUCUUUAUGAUUUGUAACUACAUACAAAUCUCUUUGAUAAUAACUAUUUAUCAUCUGUUUUCAUAUAAAAGUUUAUAAUGCAAUAAGAUAUAUACCUAACUGGUCUACUUUGGGAAAGAAUUAAAAUCUCUGCAUUUAAUCUUAUAAAAGCAGACACUUGUACAUUAUUUCCCUGCAUAUAUUGACAGAAUCAAAUUUUAUAAUGCAUUGGAAAUAAUUUUUGUUUUAUCCAUAGCGUUUCAAACAAAAUAAUAUAUAAGAUAGGAUGCAUUAUAAUACAUUUAAAUUAUAUUAAAUAUAGUUUUAUAACAAUUAUACGUUAUUCAGAUAAUUUUUAUGUCGAAUUAAUUUUAAAACUUAACUCUGACAAUAAUUGCAGAAAUGAAUAAUACUUUAUAGUGGAAACUUCAAUCUUGACAGCUCUGCAUUUAACUUAAUAAGACAAUUUACAUUUUUUAAUAAUUUGCUUCUUUAUCAACAUGCCUAGAUGGUAUAUCCAUUAUUUAUUACCAUCAUAGCCAAGAGAAGAGUCUUUUUUUUAGAAACAUAGGUGUUUAUAUAUAUAUAUAAAAAAAAGAAAUAAAAAGAAAUAAAACAAUAAAACUUUACAUAACUUUACAUAACUUUAAGAUAUUUUUUUCAUUUAUAUUACUAUAGGGAACCGAAUUUAUAAAAACUAAAAAUUUCUGAUGUUUAUUAAAAAAUUUAAGAUUAUAUGAACAAUUUCUAAGUCGUAAAUGAUAUUGUUCAAUCUACGAAAAUAAAUAACUUUUAUGCUAUCCUGACUGACUCGAUCUAUCUAAAAAAAGCUAAAUUUAUCUCAUCUAAUUAUAUAAUAUAAAUUCAAUAUCAGUUUACUAGUAAAAUUACCAUUAAAUGGACUAUUCAAAUUUAAUCUUCUAGUAAACAAUUAACAAUUUAGAUACGGAUCAAACAUCAUGCAUGGUCCAUAUUAUUAAUGACAGGCUAUGCAAGGCGCGCGAUGUAUGACAGUAGAUACGAACAUAUAACUCAACGUCCUGCGUCACACUCAAAAUAAAUAUGCACGCGUGAAUAUAAUAUACAUCUAUCUACAACACAAUUCUAAUGAGUUACAUGAAUAUGCUAUGAAGCUUGCAAAGUUUGUAAUCUUUUACAAGAAGGUGUAUCAAUGUUUCUAGCUUUAAUAAACAUCUCUUGAUCUUGAAAACUACGAGCCUUCCAUAACAGUGCGUCUUCUACAAAUAAUAAGAGAACAAUCGAGUUUUAAUAUAUAAUAUUUUUAUAAUAUAAUAUAUAUAUAUUCCAUUCUAAGAACAGAACAAAUUAUGAAUAUACAUACUGUAAUUUCUUUCCCUAUAACAUGCUUGUCUCAAGUUCAAUAAAAAUUCUUCCUGAACGGAUAUUUCUAAUCUAUGCAAACUGCCUUGAUAUUCGGUAUGAAAAUUUUCCUUGACAUAAUAUGGUAUAUUCAAUUGCUUGGUGUUCCUUGCUAUAGAAUAUUUGCUACAAAAAAUUAAUAUGUUAAUAGUUUGAAAUAAAUUUUACACAAUUCUUUUUCAGUCUCAAAAUCAUUUAAUAAGAACUUAUUCACGUGAUAAUUAAUAAUAAAUUACUUACGCACUAGGAUGUAGACUAUAUAUAGGAUCUGAUAUAAAAAAACUGCUCAUCAUAGAUAUCAAUAUUAACAACAAAAGAAGCAAUGAUUGGACAAAUGUGGUAUAUCCAUUUGCUUGCUGAAAGAUUAACAGGUAUUGAUAAUAUUUUAUAUAUAACUUAUUUAAUAACACUUAUCAAUAUAUAUAUAUAUUUUUUUUUUAAUACCUGAGAAUGAGCAUUUUGAGCUUGUGCUUCUUGCUGUCUCAUCCAUCUACCACCUGUACGUCUCAUAUAAAAUUCUU